CAUCUCGGAAUCUUUUUUUUUUUUUUCAGUCUCAGCCCCUUCCUGCAGGUUCCCGGCCAAUAUGUACCCGUUCCUCUCCGUCCUGCUGCUGGGUAGCACCGCGCUUGCCGCCACCAUCGACCUUCCGCUUAGGAAACGUGCUGUGUGCGGCCCUGGGAUCGGGUCUUGCGCACCGGGCUUGUGUUGCUCGCAGGCUGGGUGGUGCGGCACCUCUCCUGCCCACUGCGGCGGGUCGUCUUGCCAACUCGAGUAUAGCGACUCUUGUGAUACCGUAAUCCCACCUCCCGGUUCAAGCACAGAGGAUGUUGCACGGGAUCAGAUAGGAAGCGUUCCAUAUGGCGUGAGGAUUCGCCAGUGCACCGAGCCCAAGACCCUAGCUCUGACGUUCGACGAUGGCCCCUAUGAUUAUACGUCCGAGAUGCUGGACCUCCUCGACGACCUGGAUGUCAAAGCCACCUUCUUCGUCCAGGGUAGCAGAAUCAACAGGCCGCGUUUCGAUGACGAGAGUACCCAGUGGCCGGCGGUGCUGCGACGGAUGCAUGACGCGGGGCAUCACAUCGCCAGCCAUACGUGGACGCACCGCAACCUCAACCAGGUCGACAGCGACAUUCAGCGGAGCGAAAUCAUCCACAACGAGAUGGCGUUCCGGAACGUCUUCGGGUGGAUCCCCACGUACUUCCGAGCCCCUUUUCUGGAGUGCUCGGUGGCGUCCGGCUGCCAGGGGCUGAUGAACGCCCUGGGCUACCACCUCAUCGACGCCAGCAUCGAUACCAAGGACUACGAGAACAAUACGCCGGCCCUGGCCCAGAUCGCCAAGGACCGCUUCUUGACGGGCAUCUUGCAGGAUCCGGCCGAGGGUGGUGGUCACAUCGUCUUGGCCCACGACGUCCACCAACAGACCGUGACCAACCUGACCGAGUUCAUGGUCGGGACGUCUCUCGCUCACGGGUACCGUCUGGUCACUGUGGGCGAGUGUCUCGGCGACCCGAAGGAGAAUUGGUAUCGCGACGUGGACGGGGGUAGCACCACCCCCACGUCGGCGACGACGACAACGACGACAUCAUCUUCGGGCCCUGAACCCACCUCAACCUUCAUUAUCUCGCCGGAUCAGACGUGCGGCGGCGCCACAGGUUACACCUGCCAGGGGUCGGCCUUUGGGAAUUGCUGUUCUUUCUAUGGCUAUUGCGGUUCGAGUCCAAGCUACUGCGGGACGGGGUGCGACAAUGCUUUCGGGUCCUGUCUUCCUCAGUCCCCCGGCAUCAGUGACACGACCAACGGCCUCUGCGGCGAGGCGUUCCAGGCCUCGUGUGCCAACUAUGGCGACAAGAAGUGCUGUUCCCCGCAUGGCUACUGCGGCAACUCCGCGACGCACUGCGGCGUCGGGUGCCAGUCUCUCUUCGGAGAGUGCAACUGAGCUUUGAUGGCGGAACCGGGGACCCGCCUUUGGUCGCCCUCUACGGUCAAUGAUGGUUCGGGGUGUGGCUCUGUGGCCCAGAAGUUCAGAUUCGCCGACGUUGGUGGCCUUUGUGGAGACUGCUAUCCAGACGCAGUUGAGUCGAGGUAUGACAUGGUAUGCUUUCGGCUUGAAGUGACUGGCGCGCGGAAGUCUAAUGCGUGUAUGUACUUAAUUAAUUCUUACUCUUCUUCGUAUCGAUCAAAUGUUUCCUUACCGCG